AUGUCGGUGAGAGAGGACAGACAGAGAAGACUUCUCCUGAGACCGUCUUCCAGGCUGAGAAACAUCUCCCAGAGCACCAGACUCACCAGCAGCCUCGUGUCUCCCAGCCGGAGGAGUCUGAGUCAGGCGGCCGGCAGCAGGCUGCUGGACAAGAGGCACGCCGUCCGGGUGAUUGAUGAGGAUGGCAAUGACGUCACUCCACUGCCGCUGCUCCAGGUGGAGACCAGUGGAAUCCAGACCAGAAGCAGUCGGUUCUUCCUUGACGACUUCUCUGCUGGGUCAGCCUCCGAAAACACCACUGCCUCCGGGAGCUUUUCAAUGCCUUUUUCAAGGUCCAUUUUGGGAAGCAGCAGAAAGUCCAGCCAGUCAACAAUCGACUCAGUCAACGAAGAGAUUGAGGAGACGUUCAACAAGCGUGACGCUCCCAUCAACAUACCAGAUACACAGAAGAAAAGAGACAUCGUGGAAACAGUUGAAGAGCAGGUCACUGAGGAAAUGUUGAGUGAAAUUAUAGACAUCAAUAUCACUGAGUCAGACACCAUUUCACUGUUGGACAUACCCAGCACUGCAGUGUCAGUGGAUGCAGAUGAUGCAGACACCUUAAGGAAGCGCAACAGUCAGUAUGUGAAAGCCUGCAGGAGCAGAAGGUCCAGCGAUAAGCACGUGGACCGGUCAAUGCAGACUUUGAAUGGAGCGGUUAAAAACAAGCAGAUCCAGAGUGACAGCGUGGUGAAGGUGGAUGCAGGGGCGACUGCCACCACCUGGGACAUAUUCGACACGUUCCACAGUUUAGAGCAAAGCGGGGAAACUACACUUGAUCCUGACAGGCCCAAAUUUAGAGAGGCUGCUGUGGACUCCAGCCGUGGAGCAGAGAGGAGUGCGUCCAGCAGCCUGGCCAGUACAGGCAGUGCUAGCAGCUCAAUGAGAGAGAUGGAGUCGCUGGGCAACACUGCCGGUGCCGAGAGCGAGCUGCAGGUGAUCCUUCACUCCGAGGUGUUUCAUCACAGUCUCCUAGUGAUGCAGAGAAGCGUCCUGGCCAACACCUUCCAGUCACAACUGGCUGCCUACAGACAACUUCCUGUACUUCAGGACCCUUACGAACCGAUACACAUCUAUGAGGAGGAACAGGAAGUGGAGGAGAGCUCCUCUUCUCCUGCUCUGGACCAUCUUUGGACUUAUACAUGUGACCUCAGUAGAGGAGUUAAUGUCAGCUGUAUGGCCUGGAACAAGAAGAAUCUGGAUCUCCUUGCUGUAGGCUAUGGUCAGUUUGACUGUCGGGACCAGGCGGCAGGACUUGUGUGCUGCUGGUCCAUCAAGAACCCCACGUGGCCGGAGCGAGUUAUUAACUGUGAAAGUGCUGUGACAUCUCUGGACUUCUCAGCCAACAAUCCCAGCCAGCUGGCAGUCGGAAUGCAAGAUGGAAGCAUCGUGAUCUACGACCUCCAGAGUCCCGCCGGGGCGGCGAGGCUUGUCAGUAGCCGCGACUGCUCCAACAAGCACCUGGGCCCAGUCUGGCAGCUGAGGUGGACUCACCAGGAGCUGAGUUUGGUCGGGGAGGAAAAGGUGGAAGCUCUCUUCUCUGUGGCUGCCGAUGGCAGGGUGUGCAAGUGGUUUGUCAGCAAGAAUGGAUUUGACUGUCAAGAUCUGAUGAAGCUGAAGCGACUCUCCACCAUCAAAGCAGUGGGAAACAAGAGCAGAAAGAACACAGAGAGCCUCCUGUCAACACACACCGCUGGCAUGUGCUUCAACUUCCACCCAAGCGACUCCAGUGUCUACCUGGCCGGCACGUGGGAAGGCCUCAUCCACAAGUGCUCCUGCUCCAACAAUCAGCAGUUUCUGGAAACCUACAAGAAACACUUUUGUCCAGUGAACAACGUCUCCUGGUCUCCACACUCUCCUGAUCUCUUCCUGAGCUGCUCUUCAGACUGGACCAUCCAGCUGUGGAAGCAGGACAAUGUCCGGCCCCUGCUAGAAUUCACCUCCAGCCAGAGAGCGGUGCGUGACAUCAAGUGGUCCCCCAGGUGGGCCACAGUGUUCGGCGCCAUCAAGGAGGAUCAGCUGGAGAUCUGGAACCUGGAAUCCAGUCUUCUGGACCCAGUGGCCGUCCAAUCUGCUCCAUCUGGUGUGAAAUUGAGCUGCCUGCUGUUUGCUAGCCAAACUAACUGUGUCCUCGUGGGAGACAGUUCAGGGCAGGUGAUGCUGUACCAGCUGAAGAACCUGAGACUGGAUGAGGAGAGACAGAGGCUGGUCCUGGAGGAUAUCAUCAGCUCUUCAGUAGAUCGAUAG